UAAUAAUAUAUAUGUUGUACUUUUUUAUUACCAAUAUUUGAAUAGUACAUUACAUUUAUUUAUUAUAAAAAAUAAAUUACCAAAAUGCCUAGGCGGUGUAGUGUAGAUCAAUGCCAUAUUUUGAAAAAAAAAAUUAAAUGUACAUUGUAUAUCUUAGUCCGUGCCAGCGGCCAUAAGACCAAUGUAAACAUAACCGAGAUCGCGUGUCAGAAAAAGACAGCAGAUAAGAAUGGUGCUGCCACAGAAUAACCAGAAUGGACACUCGCUGAGCACUCAAAAAUCUGUUCAAUUUGGUGAAAUAUCAGUGUAUCCAUGUAUAUAAUAAAAAUGUAGAAUUCUUUUUGCCUGGUCACACUGAUAAGGGUUUGUUUACUUACCACGAUUAAAGAUAGUAUUAUCUAUAGCCGUGUUACUUACUUACACGAUUUAAGAUAUAUCUUAAAUCGUGCUUACUUACGACAUCAGCUGUCCAUAUAGCUGCCUCUGUUCGGGCAUUGAUUAUAGAAUAUAUUAUUCUAUAAUCAAUGGUUCAGGGAAUAACAGUCGCGCUAGAAACAAAGAAUAAUGGGAAUUAUCUUUCUAACGGCAGCACUGAUAUUCCACCAGGUGUUGCAAAUCUGUGCCCCAUAAGAACCCAUGUUAAACUGAAAAGGUGUCUCUUCUGGUUCUAUUCUGUGGUGCUGCUAUCUUUUUUUAUCACACUUAAAAAUAUGAUUGCUUACCAAUAAAUAAUAAUAUUAUCCUUCGUUUAACGUUUUAUUCUAUGUUUUAAAUUUCUAAACUUUAACUUAAAUAAAAUUCAAAUAGUGGACAAGUUAAGAUGGUGAAUUUUUGUAGUGGUUUUGAUUGUACUAGCUCAAGUGACGUUAGGAAAGACCUGUCAUUUCACAAGUUCCCUCUUAAAGAGAAAGAGAGGCUUCAACAAUGGGUACAUGCUGUUCGAAGAAAGGAUUUUAAACCUACUUCCAGCUCGACAUUAUGUAGUUUACAUUUUAAAGAAACUGACUUCUAUUCUGCUGUUGUCAGUGGGAAAAAAAUGUUAAAAAAAUCUGCUGUACCAACUGUAUUUAAUUUACCAAUUCAUUUAACAACAAAAAUAAAAGAAAGAAGAAUCCU